UGUGCGGAGCAUUGGUGCAGUGCCGCGCGUUCACGUCCACUGCGACCAGGAAAUUUUCAAAGUGGAUAAAAUUACUUACACAAUACACAAAUGAAAAGAAUUUUAUGUGUAAAAUAUAAUUGUGCAUUUCAUAAUCUAUCGAAAGGAAGGCAAUCAAAUUGGCCAAUACGACAUUUUAUGAAAUAAUAAAGAGCUUAACUGAUGAGUGGUGCUGAAUUUUCACUUUGCCCUUUUUCCUAAAGCAAAGUUUGUAUACUCUAUUUAGCGAAAAUUAAGACGAUAGGCAAAAUAGAGCGAUAAAGAAAAGCGAAAAGUGUGCAAGAAUGAGCAAGUAAAUCGGAAAUUUGGGUUAAGUAAGUUUUUCUUGGUGAUUGAAAUGCACGAAUAUAACCGUAAAAAUGAAAAAUUUGGUAUUGAUGAUAACCGCAUGAGAUGAUAAGUAUCCUGUUCCACAUUUCAAUUAUCUUGAGUGUGUGCUAUUUUUUCGCUGCACUCCCGUUUCGGAUGUGAAACUCUCUCCUCCCACUGCCCUAAGCGCUUUGCAAUGGCUCUCUCGGUCGAUGCAUAUGGCCUAAGAGAUAUUUUAUUAUACUGAAAUUAAAUCCUGCAAGACCGAGUAGGUUGUCGUCCCGUUCACACAUUAACGCAAAGGACUUGAAAUAACUGUAAAGGAAGUGCUGCAAAUUAAUAAUUAACAUUUUUUUUCAUCUAAAUAAAUCAACAAUAUUAAGUAAAUUAACUGAAAUUAGUAUUGAGCAGUUAGCAAACUUUUUCCAUUGGAAUUGAAGCAUCCCAACGCGUCUCAUUGCACUGCAUCGUUUUACUUCGCGUGCUAUUGAACGCGCCGAAUUUGUUAGCGCGCGUGUGUGUGUGUGUGUGUGUUAGUAUAUGCACAUAGUAUGUGUGUAUUAAGCAAUUGUAUGCAGGCACUUUCGCAGAACCGAAUCGGAGAAAAGGACUAAAUUUGAAUGCGAAAUGCUCUCGCAAGCCAUCUCGUGGUCACAUAAAACCGUUGUACGAGGCAUAAGAAAAAUUUUCGCACUGUCACUCGGACGCAUUCCUUCGCUUUACACAUAGCAAAAGCAAAAUUCCGCAUGCCAUUCCCCGCUCACAUCUAAACUAAAAAAAAAUAGAAUAAAAUAAAAAAUCAAUUUAGUUAAGUGUAAAGAAAAGAUUUUCUAGUCUCAUAUCUACGGUAUAUAUAAAAUUGUGAGAAUUCUAUCAAAAAAUUGCGUUUUUGUGAGGAAUUUAUGUGAAUUCUACGCGUGAGUGUAUAGUAUAUGUGUGUGAGUAUUUAUUGCCUAAAAGCUGCAUGCUGAGGAGUUAAUUUUUUAGUGAUUAAAAUAACAGUAUAUGCGAUUUGCAUCUUUCAGUGUGGUUAAGUGGCAAAAAAAAAAAAAAUUAAAUAAAAUAAAAAGAUAAAUAUAUAACAAAAAGAAACUCUGAGGAAAAAAUUGCACUCCAAAAGUCAAGCAAAAAAUAUAAAUGUAUGUGAAAGUGAAAUACAUACAUACUAUGAAAAGUGUGUAUAUGUGAAUGUGUGUACUGCAUGAAAGCAAUGCAAUUACUGACCACCGAAUUACAACGAGAUUUUUCUACAACUGAAAAUACUAUUCACCAUCAUCACUGUCACCAACCAACCAACCAACCAACCAACAACAGCAAUAGCAAUAGCAACAGCAAUAUCGCCAAUCGCCAAUCGCCUACGUCGAGGUCAUCGUCAUAGUCAACGCAUUUGCCCAGAAAAAAGAAGUCAAAAACUAAAACUACAGCAACAACAACAUUUCAAAUAACUUCAUCAGGCACUUUAUACGCACACCGCAUAGGGAUAGUAAGCGCACACCCACUGCAGCCUCCCUCAAUCUUAUAUAUGAACAUAUGUAUGUACAUACAUACUUAGAUGUAUAGGUGAAGCUGUUUGGCACUGAUCGGCUUCAUAGUGGUGACAGCUCGCAUUACUACACCUAACGGAGGUUAGACACAUGCCGAGUGCAAAUUGAGGACUAAUAUGGAACAAUCUUAAAGAUGUAUAAAAGCUUGUCAGCAGAACGUCGUGCUAUAAUCGAAAAUCACCUAUUCCUUCGGCUCAAACAUCAACUGGUCCACCGGGUAUAACCAACGACCUCUUUCGCAUUCACAUAUCGUCGUAGUUAGUGAACGAGUAUAUGUACGUAUAUGCAUAUGUAUAUGUAUAUGUAUCUAACGCAAUAGUCACAAAACGUAAUCGCUUUUACUGUCGUCAUCAUCUGCGUACAUACACGUACAUGCAUACAUAUACAUAUGUAUAAUAAAUUCGCAUUUUAGCUGUCGUCGUUACAUCUACAUCAAUAUACUCGUAUGUGUAUGUUUGUACUUGCACGUAAUCGUCGUCGUUAUUGUGUCAUCGUGUAAUCGAAUUUUUUUGCUGUUGUUGUUGUUGUUGUUUUGUCGUACCUAUAACUCGUAGCCGUCGUGGCCCAUUCACUGCCGGAAAUGCGUUGCAGCAUCAACGGAAAUUAAACAAAUCAAAGCCGAAGUGGAAAUCCAAGCUGAACUCACAUUGUCGACACCAACGGGCGGGCAACAUUGGGUACUCAGCUGUUUGUACCGUUCGUCGUCAGUCAGUCAGUCAGUUGGCUCAUCGCACAAAAUACAUAUAUUUUUUCAUAACGCAACGGAAGUUUUUUUCCGCUAUUCAUUGUGCUGGUCGUUUUUUUUUUAGCCGAUGUGCAAGUUACUCACCGUGGAAUGCCGCUGUUGCACUGAGAGAACAGGUUCUGCUCAACUUUAAUAUGCAUAUAUAAAGUAAAUAAAGACUUCCAAUAACAAUUGUGAGCAAUAAAAUAGCAACGAAGCUUUCAAAUAUUUUCACGCUAACUAAAAUACCACAAGACGCCUACAAAAACAAAAGGGAGAAAAGAAAAAGACGUUUAACCAUGGGAAUGAAAUGUGUCAGAUUGCACAAAGCACAAUAAUCCAUCGUUGGUCCUAUACGCUUGGGAAUUAGUGAUCGCUUCGAAUUUAUCACGUGUACUUUGAUGAUUCGUAUUGAAUGCUGCAAUUGAGGCGUUUUCGCGCCCAUCGUAAUGCAAUAUUGGAGUGGUAUUGCCAAAACGUGCAAUAGAUACGUUGUGUCGCCACGCCCCCACUACCACUAGAUGCAGUGGAAGAAGAAGUUUACUCGAUUGAAAGCAGCUACAGGAAAUUCGCGUGCGCGAAGAAUGCUUUGUUGUGGACGAAGAAAGGAAAAUGGAAGAUCCGUUCCUGAUGUUACCGCCAGCCCUGGCCGUGCGCCUCCUGGUCCCUUGCCGGCGAAUCAGUUGCAAUCGUUGGCCAAUCAACAGCAGCAGCAACCACAACAGUCGCAACAUCAUCAACAACAACAGCAGCAGCAGCAACAACAACAGCAACGGCCAGGAGGGAAAGAGCCAGUGUUGCUGCAAGGAGAUUUUCGCAAGGUGUCGGGUAUCAGUUCGGAGAUCUUUCGGCAGAUAGAAGCAGUUGAAAAUGAUCAUGACCCGAACACAGCUGCGGCUUUGGAGGCGGUGGAGAGAAGGGGUGAAAUGAUAGUACGAAUUCUGGAACCGCGAUGUAUUGGAGGUAAGCACGCCGUGGAAGCAGCGCACAAAUUGAUGUCUAAAGGGGAUGCGCGACAUACUGUGCAGCUUGUUGAGAUAGUUAAGCGUCCAGGUCAAACAUUGGGCUUAUACAUACGUGAGGGAAAUGGCGCCGACCGUACCGAUGGAGUUUUCAUAUCUAGAAUAGCCUUAGAAUCUGCAGUUUACAAUAGCGGUUGCCUGAGGGUGGGCGAUGAAAUCCUGGCCGUUAAUUUGGUCGAUGUUACACACAUGUCCUUGGAUGAUGUCGUCAUUAUUAUGUCAAUUCCCCGGCGACUAGUUUUGGCAAUACGUCAAAGACGAGAUAGUCGCACUACCGGUUCACCGGGACCACCAACUCUGUCCCGGCCCGAGCAAAAGCCACCGCCAGUUGUCGUUAUCAAACGUGAUCUCAGAGAUGAAGACUUAGAUGAGACCGAUCGCAUGCCAAGAUCCCGUUCAUCACGCGAAAGACGUACAGGAGAUGGACGAGAGAUGACCGAAUCGCGCUCCCGCCUCGGUUUGGGUCUCAACAAUUAUAGCCCGCAAUCCGAGCAGCUGGACAUGUAUUAUAAUACACGCGCUGGCGUGAGCGCUAUGAACGAGCCACCCAGUUGGGGCUAUAAACCACCACCGCCACCGUCGGUCAUCACCGAACAGCCCAAGGGUCAUGCUUUUGCUCCUUCGCAUGCGUACUAUCAGAAUGCUGGUACGUUGGAGAGCUUAGCUGAGAAGGUACACGCAUUCUAUCCUAGUGGACCAUCGCGGCGAAUGUCCACCGGUACCGGUGUUGGCUUAGCGCAACAACAUGCGCGCUUCCCGCGCUCUGGCUCAGAUCAACACUUACCACGCGUAGAAUAUGCGGAUUAUUCAAACUCCUUGGGACGACACUCAUUAUUGCGUUCCAGUUUGAAGCCGGGUACUGGCGCAGCACCAAUAGCUGUAGGCGGCACCUUAGGACGUUAUGGCCGUUAUGAACCACCGCGUCAAUCUUCGAAAUAUGCACCGCCUAAUAUUGGCGCACAGUCGCUUAGCCGUCGUUCGCGACCAAAUCUUGAUUAUUCGAGCGAUACUGAAGCCACAAUAGGCCCACGACCAAGCUACUAUUACUACAAUCGGCCCGCUGUAGGCAGCAUGCCACGCGGUGCCACUGCAGCAGGUAUGGGUACAGCUGGUAUAUUAGGAGGUGGGCCAGAUAUGGCAAAGUUUAAUUCACUGCCACGCGAACGACCGGGCGUGCGUCUACAAGGUAUACGCUCACGUAUCGGUGAUCGCAUUAUGGAUGAAAGUGACGGUAACAUAUCGGCACCGGAAUUCAACGCUCGUCGUGAUCGCGAUCUAAGAUCGCGAAUAACAGCGAGCCCUUCUAUUUUUACAUCAGAUGAAUAUCGAGCAUGGUUGAGGCGUGCACCAAGUAGUUCGGCUAUUGCGGAGCAAAUGCGUAUGACAAGAGAUUUGCUUAGCCAGCCUCGAUCGCAUCGAUUUUCGUGCAGCGCAGAAAAUAUACACGACGCACUGAAGAACACCGAAAGCAUUUACUCCAGUCGGACGGGUAUACUGGGAACUGGUACAUUGGAUCGUCAUCUCGGAAUGCCACGUCCCAUUUCAGCCCUACCAGUUCGUUCAAUGUCAUCACAACAUAUUGGUGGUCCAUCGUCGAUACGCUCGCCAAGCAUACGUCGCAUGCGACAACUCCUCGAGCUGUCUGCCGGUCCAGCUAGUCCAAGCGGUAGUAUUAUGAGCACUGGCGGUCAUCAAAGUCCCGCGCCGACGCCUAGCGCUACAUUACCCAGAACGCACAGACAAAUUGAUAUUAAUCCAGCGGAGUUCGCCAAGUACAAACUCGACAAACCGAUAGUCGAUAUUGGCGGUAUAUCGGGUAUGUUGUGGAUCCAUUUGCUUGCGGGCCGUGGCUUACGUUCGGCACCAGAACUAGGCGCACAGCACGUGGGCGGCCCACAUCAUGCAGCUCAAUCACAAACACGUGAUCUCUAUUGUGUGAUUGAAUGUGAUCGUGUGCAUAAAGCGCGCACUGUUGUGCGAUCCGGUGAUCUCCAAUUCGACUGGGACGAGUCUUUCGAGUUGGACUUGGUUGGCAACAAGCAGCUGGAUGUAUUGGUUUACUCAUGGGAUCCGCAACAUCGGCACAAAUUAUGCUAUCGCGGUGCCAUAUCGUUAUCUAUACUGCGACAAUCGCCGCUACAUCAGUUGGCUCUAAAGGUGGAACCACGUGGCACUAUUUACAUACGAAUGAGGCAUACAGAUCCCAUAACAUUGUAUCGGCGACGUGGCCUGCCCAGCUUAAGGGCCGGUUAUCCCAUACUGUUCGGCGCUGAUUUGGAAACGGUGGUGAAUCGUGAGUCUAAAGGCGCGCCUGGUAGUGCUCCUGUGCCAAUUGUGUUGCGACGUUGUGUGGAGGAAGUGGAGCGACGAGGACUAGAUAUCAUUGGUCUAUACCGUUUAUGUGGUUCAGCAACGAAAAAACGCCUGCUCCGCGAAGCUUUUGAGCGCAACAGUCGGGCUGUGGAAUUGACUCCAGAACAUGUUCCUGAUAUAAAUGUUAUAACCGGUGUGCUAAAGGACUAUCUAAGAGAGUUACCGGAACCGCUGUUUACGCGGUGUCUCUUCCAGAUGACCGUCGACGCUUUAGCUGUCUGCCUGCCCGAUGACCCUGAGGGUAAUGCAAAACUAAUGCUUAGCAUACUUGAUUGCUUGCCCAGGGCAAAUAGGGCGACUUUAGUAUUCCUGCUGGAUCACUUGUCCCUUGUCGUCUCCAACUCGGAGCGCAAUAAAAUGUCAGCUCAAGCAUUGGCUACCGUCAUGGGUCCUCCUUUGAUGCUACACGCCGCUAACGCUCAACCCGGUUCGGACAUCGACCACGCCCAACCAAUUGCCGUGCUGAAAUAUCUACUACAGAUUUGGCCGCAGCCGCAAGCACAGCACCAUCAAGUGCCCACUGGCGGUCUCGUAAGCGCCACCGGUAUGAUGGGCAGCAUGGUCGGUGCAGGAGGUGCUCUGGCGGGCGCGGGCAGCAUGAGCAACAUGGCGGGUGGCGGUGUUUCAGGUCGGCGCGGCGAGUCAACAGGGCAGCGUGGAAGCAAAGUCAGUGCGUUGCAAGCGGACAGACAACUUCUACUGCAGCAGCAGCAGCAGCUCAUGGCGGCGGGCAAUCUUCUACGCUCGUCCACUUCGGUAACCAACAUACUCUCACAAGGCCAUCAUCCGCUCUCAGCCACAGCCAACAAUCAUCUGUAUCAAUCAGUAGUGGGUCAGUUAGCUCAAUCGCCUCGAGCCUUGCAACAAGCGGUGCAACAGCCCCAUCAAUUGGCGGGCUCAGCGGCCUCAGCAAUUCUCGACCAAUCGCCACUGCCACUUCCAGGCACACCCUCCCCAGGCAGUAGUUCGGCAUCGACCGGUUCCGGCUCGGGUUCCGGUAAAAGUACUGAUACAAUAAAACGUGGUGGUGCGUCACCCUCCUCGGUCAAGCAUGUGAAAAUCCAAGAAUCCUCCAGUUCGUAUUCCAUAACACAGAAGAAGCCAACGAAAGACUCACCAACCGAUGAUGUUAUGAGUUUAUUAAGUGGUACAGCCGCCACCACAGCAACAACGACAAGAAAAGGCGUCGAAUUUUUCGAACCGCACAAACCUCAUACGAAGAGUGACGAUAGUAGCUACACGAUGAAAUAUGGCGAGUUGGCGGCGAAGAGGCUCACAGCUUACGGCGAUCCAAGCACUUAUGGUACCGCCACUGGUAGUACUGGUAAGACGGCACUUGCAACACUCUCAACAGAUGACUACAAGGCCAUGCGUAAUAAAUCCAGCGCUACAUCGUCCUCUUCAUCAUCUCAAGCGACAGUUUUGAGCGCGGCUGGUUCAACUGCCACCUCAGCUACAACGACAUCAUCGGACGAUUCAGAUGAUCUAAUAUCGUACAAAUCAUCGGCGUCAACGAAUGCUUUGCUUGCACAAUCGCAGGCAAUGACCACAUCCCAACUUAUGUCCAAGUAUUUGAAGCGAGAACCACGCGUACAGUUUACACCUAUAAAGUCACCUGAUUCUCCAUCUCCACCGGGUAGCGAUGGUCUGCCCAAAGGCGUCUAUCACUUAACUGCGGCCAGCAGUAAAACGGGCACAUCUACGGGUGCCAUAAGUAAACACACCGACAACAAGUCCGCAUCGCCAUCAAAACAGUUGAGUGGCAGCAAAGAAGGGCCAGCAUCAACAACAUCGUCGAACGCAUCGUAUACAGCACCAUCGACAUCCUUUCUAUCGACUGGUAGGCGACUAUUCGAUAGUUUAGCUUCAUCGACGGAAGCAGAGGCACGUUCAUCAGGGGGAGGUAACAGCACAACAACCGCAGCAACAUCUGCAACAUAUAACGAUAGUAAAAGUGUAGCAAGUAGUCAUAUUAGCAAUAAGCAACAAAGUUCAGAACUCAGAAGUUAUGGUAGUAGUCUAUUCGGUAGUAGUGCGCAGAUUGCCGCGACAAAUGGCAAUGGCGCCACAACAACAAAUGGCACUCACAAUGCUAUGCAUCUUUAUGGCACACUACCCAAAAACGGCACAGCCGGCAAUGCUACAGGUAAUGGUUCCUCCGGUGGUGCUGGUGGUGGUAUGUACAACUCAGCCACGUCCGCCUCGUACUAUGCGGGAGCACAAACAUCUUCGUCCUCGGGUGGGCCCACAGCCAGCAGUAGUGGCGUGAGCUCUAUGACUGGCUCCACCACCAGCUAUGAUUAUUACAAUACCAGUUCCGCCUCAUACACGUCAGCGACCAGCACAUGAUCUUAUGGUGGUAAUGGCGGCGGUGGUGGCAAUUAUCACACGUUAGGUAGUUACAGAGUACAAUAUGCCGCCACCAAUCCCUUUCUAGAAGCUUUCGACGCAUCUGGUGGCAGUAGUGGUAACGCUGCCGGCGGCAGUGGUAAUCGUAAUGGUGGUAGUAGCAAUAACACUGGUAACGGACAUGGUAACGGUAUUAAUGAACAACAACAACAGGGUAACGGUAGUAGUCAAAGUCACAAUCGAACAUCGCUGCUGGCCGCUUUGCAUGGUAGUGACUCGAAGAAUGGCAGCGAUGAGUUUGAUGAUUUGAAGUAAGAGAUGUUCAAAUAAAAAAAAAAA